GAAGAAGAAGAGGAGGAGGAGGCGGAGGGGAACGCGGAGAUUGCUCCAUCCAACCACCACGAGUCUUACUUCUUCUUCUUCUUCCUCUUCUUCAAUUAUACAGGCGCGGCAUUGAUGGCGAGAUUCUCGCCAUUGAUAUCUCUGCCAUGGCUGCUCGUUUCCGUAACGUUCUUGGCAGUUGAUGCGACGACCUUCACGUUAGUGAACAAGUGCGAGUACACCAUAUGGCCGGGCGUCCUCGCCAACGCCGGCGAACCUCCCCUCUCCACCACCGGCUUCGCGCUCCAGAAGGGCGAGUCCCGUCCCCUCUCCGCCCCCGCCGGCUGGGGCGGCCGCUUCUGGGCCCGGACCCGCUGCGCCCAGGACCCCGCCACCGGCGAGCUCUCCUGCCUCACCGGCGACUGCGGCUCCGGCCAGCUCGAGUGCGGCGGUGGCGGCGCCGUCCCUCCCGCCACCCUCGCCGAGUUCAAGCUCGACGGAGACGGCGGCCUCGACUUCUUCGACGUGAGCCUCGUCGACGGCUACAACCUGCCCGUGCUGGUGGCGCCCAAGGGGGGCGGCGGCGGGGGGCGGGGGAACUGCACGAGCGUCCGGUGCGCGGUCGACCUCGAAGGUGCGUGCCCUUCGGAGCUGAGGGUGACGGCCAGGGGUGACGGGUCGGGGGUGGCCGCGUGCAAGAGCGCGUGCGACGCGUUCCGGCAGCCGCAGUACUGCUGCAGCGGCUCGUACAGCAGCCCUCAGGCGUGCAAGCCGACGUCGUACUCGGAGGUGUUCAAGAGCGCUUGCCCGCAAGCGUACAGCUACGCCUACGACGACGAGACGAGCACGUUCACGUGCGCCGGCGCGGAUUACGUCAUCACCUUCUGCCCGACUCCCAGCACCAGCCAAAAGGCAGCUUCCUCACAGGACCAGACUCCGGGGGCCGCCGCCACGGACACGCCUCUCAUCAACGGCACCAUGGUCUAUGUCGGCGUGGCGGAGGCGAGCCGCGCGUCGCGCUCCGCCCGUACCCAGGUGCCCGCGGUCGGCCUGGUCGGCGUGGCGGUGUCCACAUGGCGGUUGCGGCAUCUCCUUUCGGCAUGAGGCGGGCCCGCGUAGGAUUGUCCCACCCCCCCCCCACCCCGUGACCCGGAGCUGGCCUUUUCCACUUUGGGCCCAAAUGGGGCGGCGUGUCGGGAUCUCGUCGGAUUCGGGCCCACGAUCCUUUU